UAAAACCCGUAGUUGUGAGCCUUCUCCGGAAAUCCAUCGCCCCCAUUGAAACUCCCAUUCAGUCUUCAACCUUCUUACCUACAAUGGCUAUCACCCAAUUCGCCAUGGUGGAGGAGUUGGCCUUCCUUGUGAAGGAAAACCUCCCUAGCAAGCAUCUUAUUCUAUCCAUGGAAGACGUCUUCGUCAAGUUUCUUCAGGAUGAAACCAGUUCGGAUGGAAUCUUGGAGUUGGAACCAAUGGAUUCAUACAACCGUCUUCUAUUGCAUCGCCUUGCUGAUAUUUUUGGAUUUUCCCAUGUAUCAGUUGGUGAAGGAGUUGAUAGGCACUUGGUUUUGGAGCGAUGCCCAGAGUCAUCAAUGCCGUCCAUUCUUGUGAGUGAUAUUCUGUGGGAGUACGAUGAACCUCAAAUUUCAACAAUACCACACCAACUGUUAAGGAGAAAGGAAAACUCUUCUGUGAGUUUGAAGAAAUCACCUCCUCAACGGUCUUUCGAAGAGAGAGAAGCAGCCUAUCUGGCUGUUCGUGAGCGAAUUUUCAUGAUGCACAUAGGAGAAGACAGUGAACCUGAGAAGCCAAAGCCACGCUGUGAUCCCGUGGUUGCACGCCGCAUGAUUGCACAUGCACUGGGGAAGAGAAUAAAUUCAUCUCCUGAAGCUACUUCCAACCAUAGCAAAGAGCAAGGAAGUGUAGCUAACAACGCAUACGUCCAAGCAAAUGAAUUGAAGGAGCCUGAUUCUACUGUGGAAGUUGUUAACAAAACCAAGUUGCAGCCAGAUCAAUGUGUGAACUCAAAGAACGAAGCGGGUAAGAAUCGUAAUCCAAUUCGGUCAUCAGCAAGGGGAAGUAAUGCUGCUGCUCCCAAAAUGAAAGCAGACAAGAGUUCUCCUAAGGCAAGUUGUGUUGACAAUGAGUACUUGAAGAGGGAACAUUUAGGAGCAGCAAAGCGGAUGUUUUCUCAGGCUUUGGGCAAGCAGAGCCGGAAGAAUGAGUCUCUUCCAACACGGUGAGGGGAAGCAGACCUUUUGUAGCUCUUAUUUUCUGGCCUGACCUUAUGUCCUAAGUUGUCAGGAUUACUGGUGCCGACAAAAAGAUUCAUGAGCGAUAAUGUAUGAAGAACGUGGUUGUCAUCGGCGACCUGACCGGGACGGAUAAAAAUGCUCACAGCUGCUACAGCUAGCCUAUGUUGCCAAUAGAUUUGGCGAACAUAAGAAUCUAACAUUACGUAAUCUAGAUUAUGUAUUCCUUGUAUGUGCUUGGAAUUUGUCCCGGUCGUUUAAGUUUAAGCAGCGCUGUAUGAGAAGAUUGAAUUACGUGGGUCGAGUGGAGUCGUAAGCAAAAGGUUAUGGUACUAUAAAUUGGGAACAGAUCUGUUCACUGAUUGAGCUGUGCAUAGCUGAGUUUUAUGUUGGUCAAAGUAAAGGUUUCUAACUUAAAUUUGUGUUAGAGUUCUUGCUUUAUUAGAUCCUCUCUCUUUGCUGUUGAUGCUUAAUGUUGAGCAUCUUGUGUGUCGUCAUUCAAUAUAUACUUGGACUCCUUAAUAUCA